CAGACUAAAGAAUUUCUAGUACCACCGUCCUAUAACACCGUAUCAUUAAUAUUUGCAUGUCAAGGUGAAGUUGGGGUAGCACUGCACCACGACCAUAACCACAACCACAACCACGUUGACCUGCUCAAUCUGCACUCUCUAAUCUCCAUCUACUAUCUGUCUGUAUCGGCCGGACGACAACAGACGACAGACUACACACAGCAGCCCCAUCCCCAUCCCCAAUUCCAGUCUGCUUCGAUCAUGGGGUACACAUGAUCCAGUUGCAGCCUCAUUCCUUCAGGUGUGCCUCGUCGCUCGCCAACAAACUCCUGCGCAUGGCCAUUCGGUUGCUUCCCCCUGCUUUUGACCAUGACCACCCUCGACAGAACCCGCGACCUCAACGACUUUGAAGACACUGCCAUAAUUGACGGGGAUCCAGCCGAGCGGCCACCUCGCCAGCCUCCCAUCCCAGCUUCGGUCAAGAUCAAUGUGGAGGGUGCCUUUAUUGUCGAUGACGAGGUCAGGGCCCCCAACGGCACGGCCAAUGAACAUGUUCAUUGGGAACACAAAGACAUCCGCCUGCCUCAUCACACCGACGUCGUGAGCCAUGUUGCUGUCGACAUUGGCGGUUCUCUCGCCAAACUCGUCUACUUCUCCCGCGAACCGGGCUCCUUUGGUGGAGGCCGGUUAAAUUUCCUCAACUUUGAGACCGAUCGUAUUGACCUAUGCAUCGACUUCAUUCACGAGUUGAAAUUGACACAAUCCAAGCUCAACGGUUCCACCCCACAACAGCUGUGUGUCAUGGCCACUGGUGGCGGCGCCUUCAAGUUUUACAACCGAAUGAAGGAGGUUCUCCACGUCGAUGUAGUGCAAGAAGACGAAAUGGAAUGCUUGAUUAUCGGUCUCGAUUUCUUCAUCACCGAAAUCCCCUGCGAAGUCUUCACCUACAGUGAAGAAGAACCUAUGCAGUUUGCCGAAGCCCGUGCCGAUGUCUAUCCUUAUCUACUUGUCAACAUCGGAUCAGGGGUCUCCAUGGUCAAGGUCUCGGGACCGAGAAAUUUUCAAAGAGUUGGAGGCACAUCACUUGGGGGAGGAACGUUUUGGGGCAUCUUGUCCCUGCUCACGGGUGCACGAACCUUUGAUGAGAUGUUAACCUUGGCCGAAAAAGGUGACAACAGCGGAGUGGAUAUGUUGGUCGGGGAUAUUUACGGCACGGGCUAUUCCAAGAUUGGGCUCAAGAGCACAACGAUUGCCAGUACCUUUGGCAAGGUUUUCCGCAUGAAGCGCAUGGCGGAGCGCAAUGCAGAGGAUGGCGAGGGGCUCUUCAGCCGCGACCCGCGGGAUGAUGACGAUGACCAAGACGGAGGUUUCAAGACGGAGGACAUGGCACGCAGCCUGCUGUACGCCAUCUCCAACAACAUCGGCCAGAUUGCCUAUCUCCAGUCGGAAAAGCAUAACCUCAAACACAUCUACUUUGGUGGCUCGUUUAUCCGAGGCCAUACGCAGACAAUGAACACCCUCUCGUACGCCAUCAAGUUCUGGUCCAAGGGUGAGAAACAGGCAUAUUUUCUUCGACAUGAAGGAUAUUUGGGCGCCGUUGGCGCCUUCCUCAAGAGACAGCCCAAGAACUGGGGCCGGCGCAACAGCCUUGAAGAUGGGCCGGCCAAGGUUGGGAGAGUUAUAGGUCGGGAGUAGGCCAGAGAAUGGUCCCGAUCCAUGCAUACCUACCUACCUACCUUGUGCAGGCAUCCGUUGGUCCCGCGUCACGUUUAAGCCGAGACCGCAAGACCAUCAGUACUGAAUACGGAGUAUUGGAAGAUACGAUGAUGCAAGGCCCAUUUGCGACCCAGAACGAAUUGGGCAGAAUUUUCUGCCGUCAAGAGCUCUAGGACGAAGCAUGAAACAAUUCCCAGAUUGGAAGGAAUGGUUGAUGUGAUCCAAUGUCACAUAUAGGUACAUGAAUGAUUCACAGCGGUCCGUUGCUACCCUGGUGACAGUAUGUUGAUCGGAUAUGUCAGCCGCCUGUGCCAUAUAAAACAUUCACGAGUCGAAGGAGACAGGGGAUCGGUCGUCAGUACUUAUCUACAGAGUACUUACUCGUACAAUAGUACUUAUGCCAGACAAUUCCAC